AAGUUUAUUUGAGACGAAAAGGCUGGCCUUCAGCCUUCCACCGUCAUCAGAAGGCAUGGAGAUUCCAAGGUCGUCGUCAAUGGCGCUUCUACUACUAUCCAUAUUCUUCCUCCCAAACUUUUUCUGCCUAUGCAGUGCGAUCGAGUCGCCUCAGUACUCCGUGGUUCACUCGGAAUCCGACUUCGAGAUCAGACUCUACAGACUAACCCCCUGGAUGUCUGCUCCUGUUACGGACAUCUCCUUCGAGAAAGCCACCAAAAAUGGCUUCCACAGACUGUUCCAGUACAUCCAAGGUGCCAAUUUGAACUUCUCUCGGAUUGCAAUGACAGCGCCUGUUUUGACAAGCAUAGUCCCAGGAGCUGGCCCCCUUCACUCGUCGGCCUAUUUUGUCAGAUUCUACUUGCCUACGAAGUUCCAAAGUACCCCUCCCACACCCCUCCCCGAACUCAACUUGAAAUCCUACACAUGGGACAGUCAUUACAUUGCCGUCAGGAAGUUCUCUGGGUUCGCAAGAGAUACAAACAUUGUGAAAGAGGCAGAGAAACUCGCCACCAGCUUGAGCAGGUCUCCAUGGGCAAACUCUACAUCAGCAGAAAGUAGCUACGCUUACUCGAUUGCACAGUACAACUCCCCAUUCCGAUUUAUUGGUCGUGUGAAUGAAGUUUGGGUUGAUGUCAAUGCAUCUGGAGUGGAUGGAUAUAAAUCCAGCGAAAUAGCUACGUAUUGACAUUCUGCAGUUUAUGGGCAUAUAUCGAAACUUGGGUUGUUAACUAUACUCGAAUGUGCUACAUCUUAGUUUCCAUACCUGUAUCGGUAUGUAUAUAUGAAUAUGAUGACUGUAACCGUUGUGCAGAAUAUGCGGUCCGUUACAAGGUGUACUUCGAACAAAUUCUAUGUUGAGUCCUGUUUCAGGAUGGUGUCUGUAUAGUGGGAAUAAAUGCAAGGUAUUUUCGACC